AUGUCAAAUUAUGAAAUCCUGGCCAUAGAUGAAAAUCCAUUUAUGUUUCCGAUCUCUCAGUUACCUCCAUUUGAUUUCAGCGGAGAAUAUGCAGGUUACUAUAAUAAUAUUAACUUGGAAUAUAAUUGGCAAAAUGAAUUGCCAAUACAGGAGAGCUUUCUUCUUGACGCUGUUCCUCUAAUGGAGUACCAUUCUAGUACUGAUCACUCCUUUUAUGGCACAAUGGAACCCAUCUCAACUGUAAUUCAAGCAGACCAUGAAUUUUUCUAUGGCAAUGGAAAUGGUCCGGCACUUGGAGUUUGGGACCAAGAUGGGCGUGUUGGGUUUGGGCCUGAGAUUCAUGUUCAGCAGAAGCCAAUCAAUCAUAAUGGAGAAACAGGAAAAUAUUUGAUGACCAAAGAAGAGAGGAAGGGUGUUAAGAGAUGUAGAUCAUCAUCAGAAGAGAAGAACAGCAAUAGUACUUCUAAAAUGCUUUCACGAGAACUUCUUUCUAAAUACUAUUAUAUGCCAAUAACUCAGGCCGCAAAGGAACUCAAUGUGGGCUUGACUCUUUUGAAGAAAAGAUGUAGGGAAUUGGGCAUCAGCCGUUGGCCCCACAGAAAGCUCAUCAGCCUCCAAACCCUAAUCAACAAUGUUCAGGAGUUGGUAAAGCAAGAAGGAGUAGAAAACGAAUCAAAGCUGAAAAAUGCAAUAGAGUUGUUGGAAAGGGAAAAGAAACUAGUGGAGGAAGUUCCUGAUAUUCAACUAGAGGACACAACAAAGAGGCUUAGACAAGCUUGUUUCAAGGCCAACUACAAGAAGAGAAAGCUGAGGAUCAUGGAAUCUCAUGAAUCUGAUUUCAAUAAAGGAAAAUCAUCACCACACCAGUACCAUCAUCAUCAUGAAACCAUGUUUUGUAGCAGCAGCAGCAGCAGCGCCUAUCAGAUCAUCACCGUUGAUCAGGAAGAAGAAGAUGAUCAAGAAGUGAUCAAGUCACUUUUGUCGGAGGACUCGUUUUCAUCAGGCAAUCUCUUAAUGUUUUAG